UCGGCCUCGGAGGGGUGUGGAGAGGCGAGGCCAGGCAGAGCCCCGCGCAGCCAUGGAGUCGCUCCUGCUGCCGGUGCUGCUGCUGUUGGCUGUACUGUGGACACAGGCGGCCGCCCUCAUUAACCUCAAGUACUCGGUAGAAGAGGAGCAGCGCGCCGGGACGGUGAUCGCCAACGUGGCCAAGGACGCGCGCGAGGCGGGCUUUGCACUGGACCCACGGCAGGCCUCUGCCUUUCGUGUGGUGUCCAACUCCGCUCCGCACCUGGUGGACAUCAACCCCAGCUCGGGCCUGUUGGUCACCAAGCAGAAGAUCGACCGUGACUUGUUGUGCCGCCAGAGCCCCAAGUGCAUCAUCUCGCUUGAGGUCAUGUCCAGCUCAAUGGAGAUCUGCGUGAUUAAGGUGGAGAUCAAGGACCUGAAUGACAACGCGCCCAGCUUCCCGGCGGCACAGAUUGAGCUGGAGAUCUCAGAGGCGGCCAGCCCUGGGACGCGCAUCCCGCUGGACAGCGCCUAUGACCCGGACUCGGGCAGCUUCGGCGUGCAGACGUACGAGCUCACGCCUAACGAGCUAUUUGGCCUGGAGAUCAAGACGCGCGGCGACGGCUCGCGCUUUGCAGAACUCGUGGUGGAGAAGAGUCUGGACCGGGAGACGCAGUCGCACUACAGCUUUCGCAUCACUGCGCUCGACGGCGGCGACCCGCCGCACCUGGGCACUGUUGGCCUCAGCAUCAAGGUGACCGACUCCAAUGACAACAACCCUGUGUUUGGCGAGUCCACCUAUUUAGUGACCGUGCCAGAGAACUCACCUCCCAACACGCCUGUCAUCCGUCUCAACGCCAGUGACCCAGACGAAGGCACCAAUGGCCAGGUGGUCUACUCCUUCUAUGGCUACGUCAACGACCGCACUCGAGAACUCUUCCAGAUCGACCCGCACAGCGGCCUGGUCACGGUCACUGGUGCCCUAGACUAUGAAGAGGGCCAUGUGUACGAACUGGAUGUGCAGGCCAAGGACCUGGGGCCCAACUCCAUCCCGGCACACUGCAAGGUCACCGUCAGCGUUCUGGACACCAAUGACAACCCGCCGGUCAUCAACCUGCUGUCGGUCAACAGCGAGCUGGUGGAGGUGAGCGAGAGCGCCCCACCGGGCUACGUGAUUGCACUGGUGCGGGUGUCUGAUCGAGACUCCGGCCUCAAUGGGCGCGUGCAGUGCCGUUUGCUGGGCAACGUGCCCUUUCGUCUGCAGGAGUAUGAAAGCUUCUCCACUAUCCUGGUGGACGGACGACUGGACCGCGAGCAGCACGACCAGUACAAUCUCACGAUCCAGGCGCGCGACGGCGGCGUGCCCAUGCUGCAGAGCUCCAAGUCCUUUACCGUGCGCAUCACCGACGAGAACGACAACCACCCGCACUUCUCCAAGCCCUACUACCAGGUCAUUGUGCAGGAGAACAACACUCCCGGUGCCUAUCUGCUCUCUGUGUCGGCCCGAGACCCCGACCUGGGUCUCAAUGGCAGUGUUUCCUACCAGAUCGUGCCGUCGCAGGUGCGGGACAUGCCUGUCUUCACCUAUGUCUCCAUCAACCCCAACUCGGGUGACAUCUAUGCGCUGCGAUCCUUCAACCACGAGCAGACCAAGGCAUUUGAAUUCAAGGUGCUGGCCAAGGACGGCGGCCUGCCCUCGCUGCAGAGCAACUCCACUGUUCGGGUCAUCAUCCUCGACGUCAAUGACAAUACCCCAGUCAUCACCGCCCCACCCCUGAUCAACGGCACCGCUGAAGUCUACAUACCCCGCAACUCGGGCAUAGGCUACCUGGUGACCGUUGUCAAAGCAGACGACUACGAUGAGGGCGAGAAUGGCCGGGUCACCUAUGACAUGACAGAGGGCGACCGCGGCUUCUUUGAAAUAGACCAGGUCAAUGGCGAGGUCAGAACCACUCGCACCUUCAGCGAGAGCUCCAAAGCUUCCUACGAGCUUAUUGUGGUGGCCCACGACCACGGCAAGACGUCUCUCUCCGCCUCUGCGCUCGUCCUAAUCUACCUAUCCCCUGCUCUCGACGCCCAAGAGUCGAUGGGUUCGGUGAACUUGUCCUUGAUUUUCAUUAUCGCCCUGGGCUCCAUUGCUGGCAUCCUCUUUGUCACUAUGAUCUUUGUGGCGAUCAAGUGCAAGAGAGACAACAAAGAAAUCCGGACCUACAACUGCAGAAUCGCUGAGUACUCCUAUGGGCAUCAAAAGAAAUCAAGCAAGAAGAAAAAAAUCAAUAAGAAUGACAUCCGCCUGGUACCCCGGGAUGUGGAGGAGACAGACAAGAUGAACGUUGUCAGUUGCUCCUCCCUGACCUCGUCCCUCAACUAUUUCGACUACCACCAGCAGACCCUUCCUCUGGGCUGCCGCCGCUCUGAGAGCACUUUCUUGAAUGUGGAGAACCAGAAUACCCGCAAUACCAGCGCCAACCACAUCUACCAUCACUCUUUCAACAGCCAGGGCCCCCAGCAACCAGACCUGAUCAUCAACGGUGUGCCUCUGCCCGAGACUGAAAACUAUUCUUUUGACUCCAACUACGUGAACAGCCGAGCCCAUUUAAUCAAAAGCAGCUCCACCUUCAAGGACUUAGAGGGCAACAGCCUGAAGGAUAGCGGCCAUGAGGAGAGUGACCAGACCGACAGUGAGCAUGAUGUCCAGCGAAGCCUGUAUUGUGACACGGCUGUCAAUAAUGUGCUGAACACCAGCGUGACCUCCAUGGGAUCUCAGAUGCCUGACCAUGAUCAGAAUGAAGGAUUUCAUUGCAGGGAAGAAUGCCGGAUUCUUGGCCACUCUGACAGGUGCUGGAUGCCCCGGAACCCCAUGCCCACCCGCUCCAAGUCCCCUGAGCAUGUGAGGAACAUCAUUGCACUGUCCAUUGAAGCUACUGCUGCCGAUGUUGAAGCUUAUGAUGACUGCGGCCCCACCAAGCGGACUUUUGCAACCUUUGGAAAGGAUGUCAGCGACCACCCAGCUGAGGAGAAGCCCACCCUGAAAGGCAGGAGGACUGUUGAUGUGACCAUCUGCAGCCCCAAAGUCAACGGCGCUAUCCGGGAGGCAGGCAAUGGCUGUGAGGCUAUUAGCCCUGUCACCUCCCCUCUGCACCUCAAGAGCCCUCUGCCUACUAAGCCUUCUGUGUCUUACACCGUUGCCCUGGCGCCCCCGGCCCGCGAUCUAGAGCAGUAUGUCAACAAUGGCCCUUCUCGUCCCUCUGAAGCUGAACCCCGUGGAGCUGAUGGCGAGAAAGUCGUGCAUGAGGUCAGCCCUAUUCUGAAGGAAGGUCGAGACAAAGAGUCUCCUGGCGUGAAGCGUCUGAAGGAUAUCAUUCUCUAAAUCAGUCUUGGGGAAGAAGAGAGAGAAACCAUGCUGGCUAGCAAAGAAGCAGGAGCUGAUCGUUUUAAUUGCUCACCAAUGGUUGGUUCUUGAGUGGCUGUAUUUCAGAGCUUUCCCUAAAUGUAUUGUUUAUAAGUGACUAUCAUUCUGUGACAAUCCCUCUCGUUUCAACAGGCAGCAGGGGUGUUCCGUUGGAGCAAAUUAGCUUUGGCUUGAGUUGUUCAUGGGGCCUUGAUGUUGGGGAAGCAGAGACAAAUUCAGUUGUGAAAAGUAUUAUGUAUUAAGUGUUUGGAUUUAUAUAUUUUUGUAUGUCAAAAUUAUAAUAAAAAUUACCAUUGUUUGUGGAGGAUUACAUUUUAAAAAAGCAAAAAAAAAAAAAGCUCUGGACACCUUUAAUAGGCUCGCCACUGUUUUGUAGUGUAGACAAGUUAAUGGUCAUUUAUUGUGUACUAUUCAUUGAUUCAGUGAUGUGAAAUCAAGCCCCCAAAUGGUUGUUUCUGAAGCUCGAGUACUUUCCAAUGCCACUACUUUGCUGUGGACAUCCCUGCUUUAAGAACCCUUUUGCUAGCUGUGCUAUUGUCAUAUUUGAUAUUGCAAAUUGCUACGUGUGUGGUGAUGGCAAAAGGCUUUUAGAAGUUGGUGUUUUUUUCUUAAAAAACUAAAAUAAAACUACAGAUAAAAACAAAGUGCAAACCACUGAGACAACAAGUGAAUGAGUAACACCACACAUAUAGAUUGAGUACUUGGAGGAUACUCACUCACAGAGUCUACCCACGGAGUGGUUGCUCACCACGUUGCAGGGUAUUUUUCCUGACUUUCAGUCUUCUGCCCAGAUCCAUGAUAGAUCAUUGCAGAAAGACAUUCUUGGAUAUUCUGCUAUCUAAUUUGCAGCUGUCAGAAAUACUGUGCUGAAAAUUUUAUGAGAUCAAUUUUUCUGAUUUUCAGGCCCUGAACAGGAAAGCUGCUCCUGAAGUUAUCAGUUUCCAGGCUUAGAAAUUCCUUAUCUCCAAUCAUCUAAAACUCAAAAAGACUGAAUCUAUUUUGAGUUCUAAAUAAGCAUCUUUUCAGACACACACUUCCUGAUUCAGUGUUUCCCCGUCAUGAUUAGAAUUAGACUGCAAAGCAUGUCAUGGGCUGGAAUUGAGAACUCCAUGUUGCUCUGUAUCGUAGGAUUAUAAAUAGGGAUAGAGUAAGCAGUACAAAGUGUACAUUUAGGAAAAGACAGGUAACAGGUAACAGCAUCAUUAAUUCAAUUACUGUGCCUUCUAAAUGGAGACACUUGGACACUUGAACUCGUCUUUUUAUGACUAACACUUUUUUUUAAAUUAAAAAUGUGAACAGGAAACUAUCAAAAAUGCAUUACAUUUAGCUAACUCUUUGCUGUAGGCUAGGAAUACAUCUUUUUUAUUAACAAGUUUGUUACACACAUUCUUUUUUUGUUUGUUUAACAUUCCUCGAACUCCCGUUUAUUUACUGUCUAUUAAUAUUCACUAGCCAACAUAGUAUUCUUGCAGCCUAAGAGUUCAUUAUUUAAAAAUAGACAAAUAUGUCACCUUUGCUCUGCCUUGGUCUUAAAAGAGUUGUUUCUAGAGAAACAAGUUUUGUGGUUAUGUUCUCAUUUGUUUCAUUUUUUGAAAUUCAAGAGUAUCUAGCAAAAAAAGGCUUAGAGGUUAGAGCACUAAGAAUGCAAAAGAGGAUUUAUUUUCUUAAAUUUAGGUAGAUAAGUCUGAUCUUUUAAAUGUUUUAGUUAUUUUUUGCCUGAGUUCCUGGCUUUAUACAUUACUAGGAAUAUUUUCUUUUGCAGGAGGGAUGGUUUUGGGGAGGGUGGGUAAGGCAGUGGGGAUGGGGUUACGUAGGGGAGAAUAUUUCUGAAAAAGAAGUUAUAAUGAAGCUACAAAUUCAUCCUUAUUUCUUAUUCAGUGAUGAAUACUACCUCAUGCAAAAUAUUGGUGUGGCUGCAAAUUUCCCUCUGAAACUGACACAAUUAGAAAUCAAUUACCAUAGCAUCUUCAUUUUGGAUCAUUUUAUUCUCUUGCUUUUUUCCCCUUUGAUUCAUUUCAUUUUAGUAGUAGAUUUUGAAUUAGGUAUUUAUUUCUGUUUGCAAGUGAAUAGACUAUUUGAUUAACACAUUAAAAAUUAAUUUUUUUCCAUUUAAGUUAUGAUGGCUGCCUGUAGAAUUUAGACUGUUCCUCACCUGAUCCAUCCUGAUAUCAUGUUGUUGGCUACCACCUCAAGGUCGCUUUCAAGUCAGAUUUGACAGUUUUUGUAUAGGUGUAUUUCUUAUUAUGCUCAGUCAGAAUGAGGGAGCUGAAAAGAUUGUGGCAAGUGGGAACAUUCAAUGUUAUGUGGCUAUUGAGCCAGAGGGGCCACUGGCUGCCAUGUCUUUACACUAACCAUUUUAAACCAGCCAAGUUUAAAAUGUUAGUGUAGGGGUGACAUUGAUUCUGCUUUUCUCUUGUGUUUAUUUUCCUCCAAUUUUUUUCCCAGAAUUCAGUUUUAAGCGAUAGACCAAUCCUUUUUCCUUCUCAAAAUACUUGUUCACAAUGGGCAGUCAGACAUUUUUUUUGGCUUCCAAACCCUUUAUUGAGCAUGUUCAGAGAAUUCCCUUCAUUAAGAAAAUAUCUUUUUUUUUUCUCCUCUACAGUUGUUUGAUGUAUACAUCCUCCCAGAAGCACAAGUGCAUCCUAGGAGGGCUUUGUAAGCUGGUUUUAUAGGCAGGCUGUGGCUGCAAAUAGGAAUUUUGUGCAAGGAUCCUAAAUUUCUCUUUUGGCUCAUGUUUUUCUCCCCUUCUUUUGAGCAUGUCUGAUGAAAAGCCACAAAGGCCAGAGGGCCAAAUAUUCUCUUCUUUUCCUCUCUAAACAUGUUACACAUUUAAAUAUGAGGUAGCAAUUUCAGUUCCUAAAUCGUAGGGAGUUCUAUUCCAUUUAUUCUGAUGCCCCUUUUGGGGAGGAGUUGGUGUUGAGACGUGACUUGCUUUACUAAUAACUGUUCUGGGCACGUCCCUGAGCAGAUGAACAUCUUCAUGCAAUAUAAAGGUUUUAGUUUGCAUUGAUUGAUUGCUUCUCCCCAAAUAUGGGAAUACACUACAUACAAGGAAUAGGAAGAAGGGAGCCAUGCUGUGUGGAGUCUCUUUUUUCUUUUCCCUAUACUGACUAAUCUAUGAACCUGUUCAGAAGGAAACUUACCAUCCCUUUGAUUCUCUUAAAGCCAGCAGAAUAAAUUAUGGCCCACCUUAUUGCCCAAAUAGGUAAUGGGCCAAGGGACCCCGCAGUUCCUGAUUUUCAAAGUGUAGUCCCUGGACCAGCAGCACCAACAUCACUUGGGAACUUGUUAGAAAUGGUAACUCUCCAUCCUCAUGCAGACCAACUGAAGCAGAACCUCUGGAGGUGGGACCUAGCAAUCCAUAUGGAUCAGAUGCCCACUAAAGGUUGAGGACUAGUUAAAGCACGGGUUGAUGGGCCCCACACUUAGAGUUUCUGGUUCAGUAGGUCUGGAAUGGGGCCUGAGUCUUUGCUGAUUUCAAAAUUCCCAGGUGAUGCUGAUGCAGCUGGUCCAGGGACCACACUUUGAGUAUCACUGCUCCAGUGUGAACCUGCCUAAUAGAGCUAAUUGCACCUAAGGUGCCCAUUUAAACUGAUUAGUCGGUGACCCUCUCACCACUAAUCAAAAAUAUUAAAGGAAUACAACUUAGAACUCUGAAAAUUGGAACCACCCAGAGUGUCAUCCCAAUAGUGUUACUUCAGCAUACAACUGAUUGUCUGAAGGGAAUUCAGCUGAACUUUUCGUAUAGCUCUAUCGUAUUAACAAGCAAAACAAAAGCAGUUCACUUGAAGCAGCAAGGAUAAAGGGCAGUUCUGGGAGAGGCAAGGGUGUAGCGAUAGCUUGACUGUGCAUUCAGGGUGGGAAAAGGAUUAUUAUUGUACAUAAUAGAAGUUCUGGCUGGGAUUCCAAUUCACUUUAUGGGGAUCAUUUUGAUGUUGAAUGUUCCCCAAAGCAUCCUGACAAGUAUGGUCCACUUGGCUCUUUACCCAGGGUAAUAAGAACCUGCCUUUGAAAAACUGGCAUAAAUGAGCUUAAGAAGUCCAUUGUAUACAGUCCUAGUGUUUGCCUUCUUGGUAAAAUUACAUUUAGGGAUGUCAUUUCAUGAGUCAAAUUGUAUCUGCUGACACUGAAGUGUAUUGAGAUGUUGUUCUUUAGUUUAAGUAUGUAACAAAGUAAUAUUCAAAGGGGAUGUGUGGGGGUGGGGCUGGGACUGGGUGGCUUUAUAUUGAUAUGAAAUAUUCCAGAGCAAAACACAUUGUCCUAAUGAAGUUAUUGCAGCUCUCUUUGUUUUCUUGUGAGGCUGGAAUUGGCCUGUGGGUCACAUGUUGUGCAAAGUGAAUUAAUUUCCAAUAGAACUCAUAUUGCUUUUGUAAAACAAAGAAAAUCAACCACCUUGUCUGAAAUAUAUAUCGUAAGGCGCUCUUGGUAAAGAACAACCCACAAAAACUUGAUCUUGAUUGGAAAGCACUGUAGGUCAUUAGGGAAAACUGAUGAUGCUGAUUGUUGCUCCAGCUGUGUUGGCAAUUAAAGAUGACCUUGUUACUAACUGAAAGUUGCUGUCAACCUUAGCAAACAAACCAGCUAACACCAUUACAGCACUGGUUAAGUAGAUUUUUACUGGCACUGGCUGGCGUUCAUCUGAGGAAGGCUAGGAUACAGACUUUAAUGACCAAGAGCCAGACUAGCUCGAGCUAGAAAUUCAGCAACAAAUACCUCCUGUGCUAUUUGAAUGCUAAGGUAUUAGUUGCAAAAGGCUUACGCCUUCGCUCCUCUAGUGAGGGGAAUGAGCCUGAUGACACUAUUACUGUUUACGUGUCAAACCAGGGUGGAAAUUUAGAGGGAUGCAAGUACAGUAUGUCUCAUUAAGCAGUCUCUGUUGCUGACUAUAUGAAGAUGAAAUUGUUGUAUAUGCUGAUCUGUAUGUUAUGUACAUUUUCACAGUGAUUGAAUCAUUGUAAAAAGAAAAAAGACAAAAAAGAAUCACCACUCUAUUUUAUGAAGAUGAUAAAGCAGCUUUAUUAAAUUAUUACAGUUAUGUUUUAGACAGUGUUAUCUGCCACAUUGUUUCCUUUUAUCUGGUGGUUCUCUGUUUUCCCCUUAAUGUGUUUUCUCUGCUUCAAAAAUUUAAUGCAUUUUAGUAUUAAAGGCUAUU